CAUUUGGGUUACGAGUCUGACCAGCAUGGCGACCGGAGUUGAUUCUCAUCUGAAACAAGAGGAGGGAGAGAAUGGGCAGGGUGAGCCGCGUACCCACAAGUGUACCCACAAGUGCGCCGAGUGUGGCAAGGAGUUUCGCUUCCUCAGUCAGUUGAAGAGACACGUGCGGACUCACACAGGUGAGAAACCGUACAGCUGUGAGGAGUGCGGCAGGCAGUUCAGUGAGCAGAGUCAUCUGAAGACCCAUAUGAGAACUCACACCGGCGAGAAACCGUACAGGUGUAAGGAGUGCGGCAAGCAGUUCAGUAGGCUGGCUCAUCUAAAGGCACACAUACUGACUCACACGGGUGAAAAACUCUACAGGUGUGAGGUGUGCAGCAAGCAGUUCAUCGAGUUUGGUCAUUUGAAGAAGCACAUAAGAACACACACUGGUGAGAAACCGUACAAAUGUGAGGAGUGCAGUCGGUCGUUUAGUACAUUGUCAAAUCUAAAGAGACACAUGCGGACUCAUACAGGUGAGAAACCGUACAAAUGUGAGGAGUGUAGCAAGCAGUUCAGUCAGCUGAGUCAUCUGGCGAUACACAUGCGGGCUCACACAGGUGAGAAACCGUAUAGUUGUAGGGUGUGUAGUAAGCAGUUCAGUCAGCUGGGUCAUCUGAAGGAACACAUGAGAACUCACACAGGUGAGAAACCCUACAUGUGUGGGGAAUGCAACGUGCACUUCAGUCUACUGUGUAAUCUAAAAAUGCACAUGCGGACUCACACAGGUGAGAAACCGUACAGAUGUGAGGAAUGCAGUAAGCAGUUCAGCGACUCGCGUAAUCUGAAGAGACACAUACGGACUCACACAAGAGAGAAACCCUUCGAGUGUGAAGAGUGCAGCAGGCAGUUCAGUCAGCUGGUGCAUCUAAAGGAGCACAUUAGAACUCACACCGGUGAGAAACCCUACAAAUGUGAGGAGUGUAGCAGUCAAUUCGCCAGCAGCAGAAGUUUAAAGAGACACGUGCGGGCUCACCGAGUGGAGAAACCGAACACGACUCGGAAUGCAACGGAGGCUUUCGUCAGAUUGCCAACAUGAAAACCCAUAUCGAAAAAGGUCUGUCAACCUCUGUGUAAGAUAGUGGGGUCGUUUAAUUAAGUACUGUCUGGUUUUAUUGUGUUAUUUUUUUGCCAAAGCAUUUAAUGUUUUUCUGUUAGUAGUGUACUGUCUACACGACUCCAUUGUCAAGUAAAUAAUAGCGGUGUUUUAAUAUCACGAUCGUGCUAGAAGUCUUUUGUAAAAUGCGAAAGUGUAGUAUAACUAUUUAGACAAUAGUUACAUGGUAGGACAUCGUUCGUUUAACCCAUUUUGUGUCAUUGUAACUUAGUCAACUACAUGUUCAAAUACAGGCACUUAAAUGUACUAGAUCUGUAGCGUUUUGUGAAGUAUGUUAUCAAUUCAUUGCAAUGUACAAAUGUAGUUUUCUUUGUUUUAGUAUCUGUAAAUAUACUAGAUUUUUUGCGUUUAGUUACGGUUGCAGCACAUUCAUGUUGUUUGUAAAAUGUGAAGUGAAAAAGUGAACUGUUUUUUUUUACAGUGUUCUGUUAACUAUAGGUAGCUGUUAGAGAUAUGCCAAAUUUUUGCAUCUCAUUUUAACAAUAAAGCGCGUUAUGUGCCGUAUUUAUUGGUCACCGCCGCUGCAAUUUUUCCAUAUUCCCUGUCCCCAUGCUCUUUACCCUCUAGACCAGUGUGUAACAUAUAUCUCGUAACUAGUCAUCAUCAUCAUUGCGGCAUCCCCUUUGCAAAUAUCUGUUUUCGUCUCUAUUUUGCUAUAAUUGUAUAAUAGACAAUUGUUUAAACUGAUAUACCAGACAUAAUCCAUAACCAUCCUUAUAUCCGACAAGGUGACAGAGUUACACGGUAAGAGACCGUUCGUUUGCCAUCAAGGCGCAUGGUCCGUCUGUUACAGCACUUAAUAGUCCACUUUCCAGGUAAAACUAAUUUUCUUUGAUUUGCUUUUAAGUAACCACAGUAUACUUGAUUCUUAGAAUGUAAAAUUUAGAUUUAGUUAGCAGCAUAUAUGUUCUAGAUAUAGAUGCACUUGAUCGUUGUUUGUUAAAUGUUGUUUGUUUUUAAGUGUCCUGUAAGUAGCUAUAGGUGUUAAAGAUUUGUUAACUUUCUGCUUCUUUGCUUCGCCAAUAAAUAGAAACACGUAA